GAAUAACAAUGUUUGGUCUUUAACAACGAACGAGGUACCAUUCAUCAUUACAUUCUUUGCCUUGUCACACAUUCUCUCUCUCUCUCUUUCUCUUUUCUCUUCUGUCACUUUUGAACGCUGCACACAACACAACCUUUUCUCUUCAACUACUCUUCUUCACUUCAACUCUCUCAUAUCAUAAUGCAGACAAGGACGGUUCAAGUGAAGCAACUUUCAGAUCUAGCUACUGAGAGGGAGAUUCAUGAAUUCUUUUCAUUUUCUGGUGAAAUUGAACACAUUCAGAUCGUUAGAGAAUAUGGAAAACCAAAGACUGCAUUUGUGACAUUUAAAGAUCCCAGAGCGCUUGAAAUUGCGUUAUUGUUAUCGGGAGCAACAAUAGUAGAUCAGAUUGUGAGUAUAAGUCCAGUCGAGAACUAUGUUGCAAAUCGUGAGACGCAGGAAGUAGGGGUGGUAGAAUAUGCUAUAAAUAUUGCUCCUGAAGAUGCCGCAUCGAAUACUGAGGAGGAGAAACCCGGUGGAAGAAUAUAUCUUAGUAAAGCACAAGAUGUGGUUACAACUAUGCUGGCAAAAGGAUCGGCGAUAAGACAAGACGCUGUGAACAAAGCUAAAGCAUUUGAUGAGAAGCAUCAGUUGACUGCCAAUGCAUCUGCAAAGGUCAGUAAUUUUGACAAGAGAGUUGGACUGACAGAGAAAUUGACAGUUGGACUCUCUGUAGUGAAUGAGAAAGUGAAGUCUGUGGAUCAGAGGCUACAUGUUUCAGAUAAAACAAUGGCAGCAAUAUUUGCCGCCGAGAGGAAGUUGAAUGAUACUGGAUCAGCUGUCAAAACAAGCAGAUAUGUGACUGCUGGAACAACAUGGUUAACUGGUGCAUUUAGCAAGGUGGCAAGGGCUGGAAACGUUGCUGGAACUAAAACUAGAGAGAAGUUUAAUAUGGCUGUUUCAAACUUGACAUCAAAGGAAACUUCAUUAGUUGUAUAGGCCAGAAUUUCAGAAGGUCUCAAGUGAAGAACUCUUUCAGAACUGUUGUGUUAAAAAGGUUUGAUCUUUGUGAUCAUGAACUGCUUCUUUCUCUGCUUCAACAGUUCAAUGCUUGUUCUAGCAGCAACUAUAGUGAUUCAAUUCAAUCCAAUUUUUUGUAUUCUUUUUUCAAUCUAGUGUUUUUUAGCUGUUGCUUCUAUGUAAUUGGUGAUUUUGGCCUCUCUUUUUCCCCCUCUUUACUUUUUGUCUAUAGGAAAUUAUAGGUGUGAUGCAAUUGUAUUUCUUUUCUCAUGGUUGAAAUUUUUUAGCUGUGUUGUGCUUGUAAGAUAAAAUCUUGUUUUUGUUAUCAACACUUCAAAGAUUUCUGUGAGAAAUUUUUAUCUUAUAGACUA